AUGAACAGCAGCAACAUAAUCGAUGUGCAGCUGCAAAAGGGCCGUGAGAAGCAAAUGGACGAGAUGCUGCAGCAAAUCAAAGAGAACGAAGCCAAGGCGAAACAGCUGCAAGCAGCCGUCCGCAAAUUGCCACACACGCCAGCCAAUUGUCCUGUAUGCCGCAACACGGUUGUCUUUCCCACCAAUCUCUUAACGCAUCUGCUGCACAAGCACGUGGGUGCGCCAUUCUCAAUGCACGCGGAGAUCUAUGAGCAGCAGCCCUUGGUCGUGUGCUUUGAUCCUUUGUGCAAUGUGCACGGCAAUAAUCACUGUUUGGCCUCCUUGCUGUACGGCGGUGUGAGGGACCGGCCCGAGACGCGUCCUGGCCUGAGCUACUUAAGUCGGCUCAACUCGGCGCUCAUACGGGAUAAUCAGCGCUACAACAAUUAUCUGCCCAUUAUGCUGCUCGCCUGCCGCAGCACCUGGUAUGCGCAGCUUGGGGAUAAGCACUUGGAGCGUGAGCUGAGUCGCAUCAAUGGCCACAAGGCGGGUCUCAAUGUCAUUUGGCUUGUGGCGCCCAAAACCACGCGCAAGCUCUACUUCCAGCUAACCAUCUACGAUCGCUACCAUCUCAAUAUCCGCAGCGUCAAGGGCACGGUGCGCAACUACACAAGUUCUCAGAAUCCCAGCGACUUUAUGCCGCAUGAGCACAACUAUUUGCUGCUGUGUGACGAGGAGCUCGAUGAGCUGCUGCAGCCCAGCUAUAGCUCAGCCAGCAAGGAGCCGCGGCAAGGCGUCACUAUUGAGCUCAUACUUUUUGAGAAUCCAGCGGCAUCUUUGCGGCACUUCAAUGGAAACGAACUUCAAACGGCUUUGCAAUCAGCUCAGGCUGAAAUGUUGGGCUAUUCACUCUCCUUCAGUAAGCUGCAUGACUAG